AUGGAACACCUGAUCGAUGGCGACUUUGCCUCUAACCACGGCGGCUGGGGGUUCGGUUCCAGCACCGGAGUCGAUCCGCAACCAUACUUUCGUAUUUUCAGUCCAUUACGCCAGAGCGAGCGAUUUGACCCAGACGGAGAGUAUAUACGGCGCUGGGUACCGGAGCUGCGCGAAAUCCAGGGAUCGGCUAUUCAUGAUCCGUAUGAGCGCGGCGCGGGCGAUCUGGCUGAGACGAAUGGAUAUCCGAGACCGAUCGUGGACCAUGCGACGAGACGGGCGGUCGCCUUGGAUCGCUAUAAGAGGGCUGCUGGUGGAAAAUCUAAAUAG